AUGUGGAAUCGAGGUGCGACUUCAAAAGCUAAAAUAGAGAACGACAAGCCACGCACAACGGGUGCUAUACUGCCCAACGAUAGUCCUGGCCUGUACGCGGUCCAUCAGCCAAGCCCUGCGCAACAGCAGCAACAGCAACAGCAGAUGGUGGCCGCCGCUGUGCCGAAUGGCAACUUUAAUGGCAUUGAAAUUGUUGCACAAAGCGCAGGCAUGACUCCUCAACGGCAACAGCAAAUGUUGCAAAUGAUGCAACGGCAAAUGAUGCUGCAGCAGCAACAGCAGCAGCAACAACAGUGGGCUCAACAAUAUGUUCAACAGCUGCAGAAUAUGCAUAGUGCUCAGAUACGCCAGAUGACACCACAAAUGCAGGCUCAAAUACAGCAGAUGGCCCGAAUGGGCCAGAUAAAUGGACAGUUAGGAAACAUGAUGAUGAAUGAUAAUGUUAAUGUCAACGCCAACAACAUGCAAGCCAUAGUAGCCAUGCAAAUACAACAGCAGCAGCAGGCACAGGCCCAGGCUCAAGCUCAACAAGCACAUGCUGAGGCCCAAGCACAACAUCAAGGGCAAGGACCUCAGCAAGCACAUACUACCUUACAGGUACAAAUGCAGGCCCAUACCCGUCUUAUCUAUAAUCGCCUAAUGGGAGCGGCAGUAGCUAAAUUUGGCGGCUCUGAAAACAUACCACAAGAUACGGUAGACAAAAUCAAGGAGCAAUCCUAUGCGCAAGCCCAGCAAUCAGUGAGAGAGUUACUCCAGCCGAGAGCUCAGCAGGAGCAACAGGCAGCGAUGAGGCGUGCAUAA